UUAUACAAAUUAGCUUUCUUAUUUUUCACCUUACACAACAACAAGAACCCCCUUUUCUGUUCCUGCACCUCUCAUCCACCAUGCCAGUUUUCGUCCCCGUCCUCGUCCUCGCCCUCGACCUCAUCGCUUUCGUGCUCGCGAUCGUGGCCGAGCACCGGCGCAGCGCCGCGACGGUGGUGACCAACGCGAAACGGCGCUACACGUACUGCGCCUACGGCUCCGACGUCGCGACGGCGUACGGCGUCGCCGCGCUGCUGCUUCUCGCCGCGAGCCAGGCGGCCGUCAUGACCGCCACGCGGUGCUUCUGCUGCGGCAGCCCGCUCCGGCCCGGCAAAGCCCGCGCCUUCGCCGGAAUCUGCUUCCUUGCAUGCUGGUUCACGUUCCUGGUAGCGGAGUUGUGCUUGCUCGCUGCAUCGGUUCGCAACGCAUACCACACGCGGUACCUCACCGUCUUCGGGAACGGCCCCCCGUCGUGCGAGACGGUGCGGAAGGGCGUGUUUGCGGCCGGUGCCGCCUUCGUGUUCUUCACCGCGGCCCUUGCCGAGCUCCACUACGCCUUCUACGCCAAGGCCCGGGCCGCCACCCUAUUCCCGCCGGCGGCGGCGGCGGCGGCACCGCCUCAUCGAAAGGAGUCUUCCAUUGGAAUGACCUCCUUGUCAUAGGUGUUCGACGAAAUGCCUAACUAAUGUUGUCAAAGUUUGCUGUGUUCUCUGUAUUACAAGUCUAGAUAGAAAACUUCUGAAAGAAUGUAGAAUUUCGUAUUCUUAAGUUAUUUUCGAUGAUGGAACAUGUGAAUCGAGGAUCAGAUUAGUUAGAUACGAUCAAACUUUUAUAAUUUUUCUGUAGUGAUCAAAAUAUCUCAAAAUUGUAAAUUUUAAUGGUCAAUAUGAUACACUUGAAAGCCUCACACUGUAGAACAAUCCAAAUCAUAUUAAAACUGUUCAUUUUUUUAAUAAAAUUUUUAUUCGCAAUCGUACAUUUUGAGAUUAUUUACUCAUUUGGCAAAAAAUAUCGAAAAAUUAUAAAAUUUGAUUUUAAAUACUUUUCAUAGUGUACAUGUCUAACAUGGCUGAUAGCCAAUUCAGAUGUUCCACCAUCGAAAAUAACUUAAAAGUAUAGAGAUUUUUGUGCUUCUAAAAAUAUAUUAGCUGAAUCUCUUACAUUAUUUAGCUUACUAGAAAAAAAAUAGAAGUAAAAAUAUGUAUAUUGUUGCAUUGUUGUAGUGUUACUAAAUUUGGUGACAAUAUAUCUAAAACAAGCAAAAUGUUGGAUA